AUGGCUGGGGGAGGCCAGCUAGCCUUUAGGGGCCCCAAGGCCAAGGGGCCCCCCAAGGGUAAAAGCAAGGGGGGCCCCUGGAGGCCCCUAGGGGCCUCUAAGAAGAAUUGGGCCCACAAGAAAUCUGCUGCUGCUGCUGCGCAGCAGAAGGAGAAGCAGCAGCAAAUAAAGAGGGAGGAUGAGGAGGAAAGCGGCAGCAGCAACUAUGACAGCAGCAGCGGGGAGGAGUCUGAAUCCUCGACCUCAGCAGCAACAGCAGCAACAGCAGCAACAGGAGCAGCAGCAGCAGACAGCGACAGCAGCAGCAACAGUGUCUCGUCAGCAGACAGCAGCGAGGAGUUGCGCUGCAGCAGCGACAGUGAUAUAGAGAGCGAAGAAGGUGGAGUAUAUGAUGAAGAAGACAUGGGGGCCCCCAUGGGUGGGGGCCCCCUGGGGGCCCCCAAGGGGGCCCCCAAUGAUGGUCUUAAGGAGGCACUAGGGCAGCAGCUAAAGGGGGACGACGACGGAUUCUUAGAUUAUGUGUUAUCUGCUGCAUCUAGGGAGGAAGGAGAAGAAGACGAAGUAGGCAGCAACAGCAGCAGCAGCAGCAGCAACAAUUACGAGGACAGCAACGGGGAGGAAACAGAUACAGAGAAGGAGAAGAAGCAGCAGCAGCAGCAGCAGCAGCAGCAGAAGCAGCAGCAGCAGCAAGCACGAAAGCUGCUGUCACAGGAGCGUUUCUUAAGUAUAUGCAAGGCUGUAGGGAUAGACCCUUUAGAUACCAAGAAGGAGCAGCAGCAGCAGCAGCAGCAGCAGCAGCAGCAGGGGCAGCAGCAGCUGCUGCAGAGCUAUAGAGGUGCUAAGCUGCUGCUAGAGGCGCUGCACUCUGCUGUGCUGCAGUUGGCACCACGUAAGCAGGAAUUAACAGCAGCAGCAGCAGCAACAGCAGCAGCAGCAGCAAGUGCUGGUGAGCGCAGCAAAUUCAAGCUUGCUAAGCAGCAACUAGAUGAUGAGGAAGCAGCACAGGAGCAGCAGCUGCGCAACAAAGCAGCAUUAAAACGUCAGCAGCAGCAGCAGCAGCGGCUGCAGCAGCAGCAGCAGCAGCAACGUAAGGGGGGCGUAUUUAUAUUACCAGACAAAGACACGUGUGUCUUUGUUAUAUUAGUUGUAGUAAGGAGAGCAGACAUAAUAUUUACUGGUCUUUCUUCUAAGGGAGAUAAGCCAGCAGCAGCAGCAGCAGCAGCAGCAACAGCAGCAGCAGCAGCAGCAGCAGCACAAGGAGGACGCAUGCGGUGGCUCCUUAAGAGUUUCUGGGGGGAUUUAACACAUUUGCUGCUGGAGAAACGCAAAUCAGCAGCAGAUGAUGAUGCAGCAGAUGCAGCAGCAGCAGCAGCAGCAGAAGCAGCAGACACGGAUCUGUUGCUGCAAUUGCUGCUAGCUAUUAGCAGCAAGCUGCUGCUACGGUGGGUACUGCCACUAGAAGCAGCAGCAAGACGUUUGCUGCAGGCAGUCUGCCGCUGCUGGGCAUUCUCUAAGCAGCAGCAGCAGCAGCUUGCUGCAUUUGCUGUGCUGCGCAGCGCCUUGCUGCUGCAGCAGCAGCAGCAGCAGCCAACAGCAGGAGUAGAUGGUGCAGGUCGAUCCAAAGGACACCAACGUGGUGCUGCUGCUGCUGCUGCUGGUUCCUCCUCUUCCUCAUCAGCAGCAGCAGCAGAAUUAAAAGAGCAGCAGCUGCUGCAGCAGCUGCUGCGCUGCUACCAGAGAGCAGCAGCAAGAUUGGGGCUGCGUCGUACAUGGCGAGCAGCAAAUCGCAUGCAUUUGCUGCUAAAUGAAUUAAGAGAACUAAUUGCUGCUGCUGCACCUAAUACUGCAUAUAGAUUAGCUUAUCAAUCUAUAAGAGAGCUGGCGUUAACGGUUAGGAGUGCUGUUGCAGCAGGUGGUGCUGCAUCAUCAGCAGCAGCAGGGACAAGCAGCAGCAGCAGCAGCAGCAGCAGCAAGAAGAGCAAGGGCAGCGGGAAAAAGAAGGAUUCAGCAUAUAAGAAGAAGCAUAGGCAGCAGCAAGCGCAUGCAUUGUUGUGCUGCUGGCCUUUUGUGCUUAGCUGCUGCCUGUGGGGAGACGCGGUGUCUCUGCAUGCAGGGCACCUUAAGCCUCUGCUGCUGCCUCUUGUGUCUGUUGCUGCUGCUGCUGUUAAGCUGCAGCAGCAGCAGCUAGCUACUGCUCCCUUCUGUCUUAAUUUAAUUGCUGUUAUUGCUAGGGCUGGUGCAGCAGCAGAUGCACUUGUUCCUGUUGCUGCACCUCUUCUGGCCGUGCUGCAGCUGCUGCUGCUGCAGCAUGCUGCUGUCUGUAGGCGCAGCAACAGGCCUGCACUGGGGCAGCAAGGAGCAGCAGCAGCGCAUGCAAAAAAGCGCAAAAUGGCUGCAGCAAAUACGCAUGCAGCAGCAGGAGAGCCUCUUAGGCUGCAGCAAGCUGCUGCAGCGCAUGCAGAGACAUGCCUUAAGUUAGAUCAGGCGCAGCAAUCAUCUAUCCAUCAUUUCGGUGCAGCAAAGAAGCUGCAGCAGCUUGCUGCAGCAGCAGCAGCAAGCGGGGAGACAGUUAAGAAUCUGCGCCUGUCCCUAAGAGAUAUGCCAAUAGGAAAAGUUGCUGUGCUGCCUAUACAGCAGCACAAGAGCCAGCUCCCUAUACUUGAAUUCGCGCAGAAGAUGUCCGAAGAGAGACGGCGUGCUGCCAUUGAAGGAAUAAAGGAUGAGACAGCAUCAGCAGAACACCGCAGGAAGAAGGCAAUUGAGGAGAAGCUGACAGCGAAGCAGAUAAAGAGGAGGAGACAAAAGGAACAAAAGAGGGCUGCAAGGCUGCAGGAGGAGGAGGAGCAGCAAGAGGAGGAGGAGGAGGAGCAGCAGCAGCAGAAGCAGCAGAAGCAGCAGCAGCGUCAAGGCGACAGGCCAACCAAGAAGAGGAAGGAGAAAGAUGCUGCAGCGCGCUCAGUGCAGCAGGAAGAUGCUACAGAGGAUAUUCUGGAGGAAUUCGACAGCGACUUCUGA